GCCAAACAUUUCAAAAAACAUAUAUUUUCUACAGGCCAAAUAUCCGUAUUUCCAGGCGGAAGCAAAGCGCAAGCGAAUAAUCGACUACUCCGGAAGGACUAUUGCUAUAUGGGGGCCAUUUCUUGGACAUGGAUCAGAGCGGUGGCAACGCCAGCCCGGGAAAUUCGUUCUCCAACAAAUUCACUGCCUUCCACGACAGGGACAGCCUAACACCUCGUCCCGGCAACAAAUUCCGCCAGCGACGCAUCCGCAGCCAUUUGGAGGAGCAGCUCACCCCGGAGAAGCGCAUCGCCAAGUUCCCGCUGGUGGGAGCCCUGGUCCACAAAGCACUACGUCGUCGGGAGAGGGAAAAGGAUAUUCCAGAUCCUAAAGACAACAACAAUAACAACAACAACACCGAGGAUAGGGAGCCGGAAAGGAUGGUGCUACCGUUCGGACUUGGGCCCGAUGGCCACCACGUGGAUGCCAUUCAGAGUGCUCCGGCGCCCAGUGCCCCGCCCGCCCACAUGAUGCCACCAGCCUAUUCGCGCGGCCAGACAAACAUCUACACAGGCGUGCCGAUCAUCGUCAAUCCCUACAUUGACUUCAUCGUGGUCAACGGGGACGACCGGUACAUGAUCAGGUGCGAGCGCAAAUCGGUGCUCGAGCGGAGCGUGGAGCUGGCCAAGCUGAUUCACGCCGGUCCGAACAGCGGUCGGAAGAGCGACAACCACUUCCAGAUACUCAACGUGGACAAGAACGACUUCGAGCUGAUCGUCCGCUACAUGGAGAAACACUUCAUCCCCUAUCGCGAUCACAAGCACCUGCUCAAGAUACUCGAGCUAUCCGAUCGCUUUAACGUUCCAGAUUUGAUUAUCUACUGCAUUAGGGAGCUUGAUCUCAGAAUCUCAAGUGCCACCGCGCUGGACAUCUUCAAGGCGCUGUGGUUCUAUCAGGGUAUCGCGCUGACCAACCAGCACCAGACGGUGAUCACCACCCAGGAGACGGGCCAGCAGCUGGCCAGGAAGAAGGCGACCAAGGCAAAGGCGGCGGCCAAGCAGUUGGCGGCCGCCAAGACCGCCCAGUCCACCGAAAACGGAGCCGAGGGCGAUGGCGCCCAGCUGAACCUCAUUCCGAACCCGAAUCCCUUCACCACCGAGGACUACGGCGUGGCCCUGUUGCACAACACGCUGCAGCUGAUCGACAUGCACGCGGAGCUGCAGCUAUCGAUGCCCGAGAUCUGCGAUCUGCGAUUCGAGGAGCUGGAAACGCUGGCCAAGCGGGAUACGCUGCAGCUCAGGUCGGAGGUCACACUGUUCGAGUGCCUGGCCACGUGGAGUUUGGCGGAGUGCGCCCGCAAGCAAAUCGAUGCCACGCCGGAGAACCGGCGAACGGUCCUGGGACCUCUCUGCCUAACGCCCCGGUAUCUGCGGAUGACCCCCAGCGAGUUCCGACGCUGCUGCGAUCGCCUAGAGCUACUGCCUCCCACAGAGAUAUCACUCAUCAGCGACGCCCUCGACGGCAAAAAGCUAAAGAACCUCACCGAUCAGCAGGCGGAGCUGCUGGAGAAGUUCCGCCAGCCCCGCGCGGAGUACGCCAGGAUGCCCGUGCACCUCAGCGAUCGGAGCAGUCCGAAGAACUAUCCCAAGAAGAUGAGGUUGGCCCACGACGGUCGACCCACGGAGGAGGGUUGCUGGGAGAAGGUGGGCAUGAACUGUCUGCGCAUCUUCGUCUGCAUAUUCGACUGAUCCGAGCAGUCUGAUGGAGAGGAGGAGGAUGAGGAUGAGGACGAGGAAGAGGAGGAGGAGGCGGAGGAUGACGAAGACGCCGAGGAAGACGAGGAGGGAGGUGAAGGAUUCGGAAACGUUGGAGGCGGAGGUCACAGUCGCCACGGCAACGUCGGAGGAUGAGAUGACGAUCCCACAUAGACUUGUUGAAUUAAACGAAUAUUAGCGCUUAUGAAUUACUUAUACAUAGAGUUAACGAUUACGUUACGUCUUAUGGGGACAAGUAAUGGCCACUACUGUGGCAGUGAUUUUAUAGCAGCCGUUUCUAACAAUACUAUAUAGUGUUAUUUAUAUACACGCAGAUAUAUGCGAUGUGUGUGGGUUGAACUGUCGCCUGCAGAUCGAUUGGGUUUUUGUAUUUACUCGCUAGUCAAAUGGAAACAAUGGAAAUACCAAAACUUUUAUACAACUUUA